AUGUCAAAACUCUGCAGAUUCAUGCAGCGAAGCUACUCAAGACUGUCACCACUGGCAGUCUCCCGGCCUCACAUCCACGUCCUGGGACUGGGAAGCAUCGGCACAUUCACGGCGCACGGUCUCCAGGAUAUCCCAGAACCCCCAGAAGUAACCCUCCUCCUCCAUCGCGAAUCGCUUUACGAAGAAUACAUCCGAGACAGCGGCCGAAUAACCCUGCGCACGCUCGAUGGAGGUAUAACCAAGCAUGACGGGUACAAUGUCGAGCUCUACAAGAGCGGAAAAUGGCAGACGCCAUCAUCAUUCACACCAGCAAACAACAAGAUAAAUAACCUGAUUGUAACAGUCAAAGCGACGCAGACUGUAUCUGCCCUUGACGCACUCAAGUCCCGACUCUCACCGUCCUCGACAGUGCUCUUCCUCCAGAACGGCUGCGGCAUGAUCGACGAUGUAAACGAGCAGCUGUUUCCGGAUCCAACGACGAGGCCGAACUAUAUCGUCGGGGUCAUUUCGCAUGGGGUUACACUUGACUCGCCAUUCAAUGCAACGCAUACAGGUGCGGCUGCCAUUUCUCUAGGAUCGGUUCCUCGUGCAACUACACCAGCACAACAACGCAGCGGAGAUACGACAGGAGAGGAAGGAGAAGGAUACAUGCUGACCACCCUCCUCGCCCAAUCCCCCCGUCUCGCCGCAACAUCCUACACAUACACAGACGUGCUCCAAAUCCAGCUCGAAAAACUCGCCGUGAAUGGCUUCUGCAACCCCGUGUGCGCACUACACGACGCCAAGAACGCGAUCCUAUUUGGCUUCCCUGAACUGCGGCGGGAGAUACUCUCCGAGAUCUCGAAUAUCGUGUUGCAUUUGCCGGAACUCGCUGGUGUUCCUGGGGUUAGGGAGCGGUUUUGUGUUGAGAGGCUGGAGAGUACGGUGAAUGGGAUUCUGGAGAGGACGAGGGAGACGACGUGCUCGAUGGUUGUUGACUUGAGGGGUAGGCGUGAGACAGAGGUCCGGUAUAUUAAUGGAUACUGGGUGAGACGGGGGAGGGAGGUUGGGGUUUCGGUGGCUGUGAAUGAGCGCUUGAUGCGCGAGGUAUCAAAGCGGAGUGUGCAUAGCCAGAAUUAUAUCUAG